AUGGCUAUCUCUUCGCUCCGCCGGGCUCUGCUUCUAGCAGCUGCCGCCGCCUUGCCUUUCUCCCAGCUUGUUGCUGGCCAGACUAUUCAAACUGAGGAGGGUGUUGUUUUGGGCCAACGAAAGACCGUUGCCCCCGCCGUAGAGGUCGUCACCGCCGACUCCAACGCCCCUGAGGCCUUUGUCUUGACUGACGAUGUCAUCGCCAACCUUACCGACCUCAACCUCUCAAACAUCACUCUCUUCGCUUUCCCCGAGGAAAAUGGCACCUCCGAGGUCCAGAAGCGCACUCUUUUUGCGGGUUCAGGCUGCAAGACCGCUCCCGGUGACUUCCUCUGGCCCAACCGCCUCACUUGGAAGGUCUUUGACCUCCUGACCGGUGGCGCCCUCAUCGAGACCGUCCCCAUCGGCGCCGUCUGCUACCCCAACUCGGGCGUCUACAACGCGGCCAAGUGCCAGAACAUUCUCGCCAACUGGACGUCUUCCGAUCUCCACUCCUCGGAUCCCACCUCCAUCAUGUCCCCCAUGUUCCAGGGCGAGACCUGCAUGCCCCAGAACGGUAACUCAUCUACUUGCACGGUCGGCGGGUUCCCCGUCUAUGCCGUCAAGGCCACCAAUGUUGCUCAGAUCCAGCUUGCCAUCAACUUUGCCCGCAACCUGAACCUCAGAUUGGUCGUCAAGAACACCGGACAUGAUUUCCUCGGCAAGAGCACCGGCUACGGCGCCCUCUCAAUCUGGACUCACAACCUCAAGAAGCUUGAGUACGUCAAGUCCAUCAAGACUCCUUCCUACACCGGUCCCGCCUUCAAGAUCGGCGCCGGUAUCCAGGUCCAUGAGCUCUACGAGGCUGCCAAGAAGUACGGCGUCACCGCCAUCGGUGGAGAUUGCCACAGCGUCGGUGUUGCCGGUGGCUUUACCGCCGGUGGUGGUCACUCUCCCAUGUCUUCCAUCGCUGGUCUCGGUUCCGACCAGGUUCUGUCGAUUGACGUCGUCCUUCCCAACGGCCGCUUCGUCACCGCCGACGAGACUCACCACACCGAUCUCUUCUGGGCUCUCCGUGGUGGCGGCGGCGCUACCUUUGGUGUCGUAACGGGUAUGACCGUCAAAGUCUGGCCCAAGACCAACGUCUCCGGCAUGACCUUCACCGUCGUAUCCGGCAACGGCUCCGCGCUCGCCAACGACGUUUUCUGGGAGGGCAUGUACGCCUACUGGCGGCACUUCCCGGAGUACGCCAAGGUGGGCACGCAGGGUUACUCGCAGAUCUUCCCCUCGGGCACCGGCGGGUUCAUCUUCCUAAUGGUCCCCUUCUGGGUUCCCGGCAUGAAGCUCGCGGACUUCAAGACCUUGGUGCAACCUUUACUCGACGAAUGGACCGCCAUCGGCUUCAACGCCGGCUUCGUCGACGGCCCCAAGUUCUUCGAGUACGAUAACUACUACGACGCCUGGAUCGCAAACUUCCCUCUCGAAGCCGUCGGUACUACCUCCAUCCGCACCGCUUCGCGCCUCUUCCCCGCCAAGAACUGGGAAGACGAGGAGACGCUUACGGGCAUGAUGAACGCCGUCCGCUCCGUCAUCGAGGACGGGUCCGUUAUUAUCCAGUAUAACUUCCAAGUGAAGGCGCCGGCCGGCACCCCCGACAGCGCAGCCAACAGCCACUGGCGCGACGCCCUCUGGUUCGGCAUCUUUGGCGCCGGAUGGGAUCCUAGCCUUGAUGCUGCGGGCGUGGAGGCCAUCAACAGGAAGAUCACCGAGGACUGGAUGGGUAGACUUAGGGUUUAUGGCGCCGGUGGAUAUCUCAAUGAGGGCGACGUCAUGGAGCCGGGGUUUGGAGAGGCGUACUUUGGAAGCAACUAUGAGAGGCUGCAGAAGAUCAAGAAGGAGGUUGAUCCCACGGGCCUGUUUUGGGCGCCGACUGCGGUUGGGUCAGAGGAGUGGGAGGUACAGGGACAGGAGGAGUGGUUGACGCUUCAGACGGGGAAGCUUUGUAGGAAGGCUGCUUGCUAG